CUGUGAGGGAAGAAACCAUUGCUGUGACAGGGGAGUGUUGGCAAAACACUCCCUGUGAAUCUGUAAAGAUCACCUCCCUUUGCAGGGCAACCGGAGUGGAAGAAACAGAUGCAAAAAGACUGUGUGUUUGUCUGCGUUUGUGAAGCUGGGCAGAGAUUAUGUACCUGCUUUAUCUGUGCUUGGCUAUGACUCUACCUCCAGGUUUCUCAGACCCCAUAGAAUGUGUAAGAGAAAAGUACCAACAGGGAAAUCAGCCAAAAGCUUUCCUAUGAAGGUGUAGCCUGCCACCGCAGAAUUUGAAAUGUCUGAGGUCUCAUCUGAUGAAAGAGAAGAUGUUCAAAAGAAAACAUUCACAAAAUGGAUAAAUGCACAGUUUUCUAAGUUUGGGAAGCAGCACAUAGAGAACCUCUUCAGUGACCUACAGGAUGGGAGGCGCCUCCUAGACCUUCUGGAAGGCCUGACAGGGCAAAAACUGCCAAAAGAAAAAGGAUCCACAAGAGUUCACGCCCUGAACAAUGUCAACAAGGCACUGCGUGUCCUGCAGAAAAAUAAUGUAAGUGGAGACCUGGACAGAGUCUGGAUACCACGAGACAGCAUGCCUAAUGUUUGA